AUGCGUCCUUCAGCCAUCAUCUCAAUUCUUGCCCCAGUUGCCCUUGCGCUUCCGGCCACGCUUGUCUCUCGAGCUGAAGACCUUGCCCCUCGAGUUCUCACCCAGAUUAGCGCGCUCAAUGAAGCUCUUGGUGGACUUACCACGGCAGUGAACAACUUCGAUGGCACACUUCUUGGAGUCCUACCACAGUCUCUCGCCGUCAUAGGUGCUGAAACUAAGCUGGAUGCUACUACUGUCAAAACAACCCUUAUCGUCAACCGGAGUUCGAACUUCACCGAUGCCGAAAGCCAGGAAGUUGUUGGCGCUCUUGCGGGCCUCAUAGGGCCAAUCCAGACAUCCUUAGACGUACUCAAAGCCAAGUAUCCACUUUUCAAGAAGACCUUGGAAUCGCCUAUCGUCCUCCUGGAUUUGAAGAUCCUCAAGAAGCAUACCGACCAAUUGAUUGACGCAGUGACAAAGAAGGUGACGGAGCCUAAUGUUGGUCUUCUGGGGCUAGGCAAAGGAAUUAUUGAUCAAGCAUUCGAUGAUGCAAUCAAUGUAUACAAAGGAAACUAG